AUGCGGCUGUGUGCAGCGAUCAGAGUACGGUGUGUGGUGCAGUUUCCACUCCGCUACAACACGCGGUUUGGCCGCCUUCGUGAGGACAAUGUAAUGGCGAUUGCAUUCAGCAUGGGAUCAUUCGGCCACUACCUUCCCAACCCCACAAUCCUUCUGGGGACAGACCGGCUGCUCUUAAAGGGCAUCAAGUACUUGGCCGCACGCAUGUUCAGAUUGAUGGAGCCACCGGUGGACUUUGAUAGGAUGCCCGCAACAGCGGCGGGGGCGGAGACAUCGGCAACCUUCCAUUUUGCUGCCGCUUGA